AUGGUCAAUAGACACAUAAAAAAUCACCAAAAGGCUCCAGGUUCUCCAAGGCCAGAAGUGGGAGAGAUUGAUACCAGGGCACCUUUCCAGUCUGUCAAAGCUGCUGUUAGUCUAUUUCGUGAAGUAGCUGUCUCUAGGGAGAAACCUGCCGUCAAGAAGACAAGACUUUCUUCAGAGAAUGUACUGGCCAACGAGACGCAACUGCUAUUGGCCCAGAAACAACUAGGCAGGAUUAAGCAGCAGCUAGAGAGCUCGGAGACAACAAAAGCUCGGGCACUUGCCGAGCUUGAAAAGGCAAAGAGAACACUUCAAGAUUUAACCACCAAGCUCAAAACUCUAAGCGAGUCCAAACAGUCAGUAAUCGAAGCUGCAGAGGGUGUCAAGAAUCAAGCCAACAAAUUGGGAGCAGAAAAAUCGAGAAAUGGGAUCGGACGUGAAGAUUGGAAAGAAGAAGUGGAGCAUGCAAGAAAGGAGUACAUGGCCACCGUCACUGAGCUUGAUGCUGCAAAGCAAGAGCUAACCAAAAUUCGGCAGGACUUUGAUGCGGCCUUGGAAGCAAAACUGGCUGCAUUCCAACAGGCAGCAGAAGCUCAGCGUUCGGCAAAUAUUAACACAGAAAAGGUCAGUGAGCUUUCGAAGGAGAUUGCAGCUAUGCAGUUAUCAAAUGAGCAUCUAAAGCUUGCUACUCUACAAGCCCAACAAGAACAGGGAAAGAUGGUGGCGGCAAAAGAUGCAGGCCUUCAAUCAUACAAAUCCGCAAAGGAAGAAGCAGAGAAAAAAUUAAUGUACCUGAAAGAAGAGGUUGACCCAGAAUCAACUAGAAAUUUAGAGGCCAUAUUUGCAGAUACGAGUGCGGAGAUUGAAGCUGUACAAGAGAAGAUGAAGGCGGCACAUGCUUCUGGAAUGGAUACUGUGAGAGUUGUAACCUCGGAACUCAGUGAAGCCACAAGAACACUGCAGGAAGUUGCAGAAGAAGAAAGCUCUCUUCGAAGCUUAGUGAGUUCGCUUAGGCUGGAACUGGAGGAUGUGAAGAAAGAGCAAGCUGAAUGCAAGGCAGAGGCAGAGGCAGAACUCGAAGACAACGAUUUGGAUGUCUCUGCUGAUCGACUCCAACAGCUACUAUCAGAAGCCGAAGAGAUGAAGAGAAAUGCUAACGAGCUUAAGCAAGAAGCUGAAGCUACCCGAAUGGCUUCAGAAGAAGCGGAGAAAAAGGUAGAACUUGCCCUUAGAGAGGCCGAGGAAGCAAAAGCGGCAGAGCAAAGAGCCCUUUCUGAGAUGAAGAUUUUUUCUGGGAAACAGGAUAGUCUUCAUUCUUCAAAUUCACAGCCUGGCGCCUACAUCAAAUUGACUAUGGAGGAGUUUGCGUCCUUGAGUAGGAAAGUCAAGGAGUACGAAAAUUUGGCUGAAAAUAAAGAGGAAGCUGCCAUGGCACACUUAGAAGCAAUCGAAGCAAUUAAAAUUCAUGCAGAUAGGAAGUUGGAGGCCAAUUUGAAAGCAAUCGAGGAAAUCAAGGUUGCAACUGAGAUGGCCCUAAAAAAAGCAAAGAUGGCAGAUUCAGCAAAAACAGUGGUUGAGGGUGAACUCCGGAAGUGGCGACAAGAUCAAAAAGCGGGCUCUGAAGCUGCUUCUACUAUUAUAGAGCAUUCAGGGAAGUCAGCAGCAUCAUUUACCCAGCUGUUCUAGGACUUUAAAAGCGGUUCCUGCCAGAGAGAUCAGGAUGAACCAAGAGAAAACAUCUGGAGCUCAUCAUACCAGGUGAGGAAGCCAUGCCAGAUUUUUGUCUUCCAUAAAACAAUUGUGCAAAUGUUAAAUGGUUCAGAAACAGAACAGAAUGUCAAAACCUGGUUUUGUGUAACCAAAA